CCUAGCCGCCCCACACCACCUCCUGACCCCUCCCCCUCUUCCCUUCCUCGCCGCCGCCUGAGGCAGCCGCCGGGCAAGCCUGGGGCGCCAAGGAUGGUGGCGGCGGGGCCUCGGUUGCCCUGCCUCUACGUGGGGAACCCCAGAUCUGGAGCGACGGCUCCAUUGGCAAGGCACGGCCGGCUAGCAGCCGUGCGCGCGGUGGAUCUGGCAUCCCGGGCGUGCGGGGUGGCGGGAUCCGGUGGUAGUUGGCGGCCGGCGGCGGCUUUUGCGGUGGCCGGUGCGCGCGAUCUGGCGCCUCCCCUCCUCCCCUGUUCGGCGUGCGGGCCAGCCUGGUCGGGCCGCGCUUCCUUGGGUUGCCGGUUCUGUACAGGAGGCUCUGCUGGUGGCGGGGAUCUAGUUCGGGCGAAAUCCCUGGUCGGCCAUGGCCGGCCGCGUCGAUGGCGACGCCUGAGGGCGCCGUUCCCCUCCUUGGAGGCGUUGGCGCCGCUUUGGGAACCUUGGGGCUGGGUGACGCUUGUGGGUGGUGGGCGACGGCGGUGGUGCGGCCCCAUCCUAGCAUGGAUCUGCGUCCGUUGCUUGAAGAUGGACUCGCGUAGGUGGAGGUCGUCGUUUGGCAUCAUGGUGGCGUCAAUGGCGGAGGCACCUGCCAAUGUUGGCACCUUAAUCUGCUCUGAAGUUGGCGGUGACGACACAUGUGAGUGCGUCGGACCGGUUUGUGCCCCGGACCCGGGUUUGCUGGACGAUCAGUUCCGGCAGCUUGAGAUGCUCCAAGACGAGGGCAACCCAGACUUCGUUGCCAAUGUUGUCAUGCUAUUCUGCGAGGAGGGUGAGCGUAUCAUUGGCGAGCUCGCCAAGGAAUUGGACCAACCAUGUGUGGACUAUGGCAAGGUGGACACAUUUGUGGAUCAGCUCUGGGGAAGCAGUUUAUAUGUUGGUGCUCAGAGAGUGAAGAACACUUGUAUCCAGUUCCAUGAGUGUUGUCAGGAGAAGAGCAAAGUUGGGUGCCUGAAGACACUGGAUUAUUUGAGAAAUGAUUUCUAUGAUUUGUGCAGCAUGUUCAUACCAUAGGCUUCAGCUGCAGCAGCAUGUCCUAAACUGUAGACCAGAGCAAUAAAGCAGGAGCUGCAUGUUCUGAUUGCACAUUGUGUUUCAAGUCGUACAACAUGCUCAAGUUAGCAUAUAUGGCUUGGAGUUGUUUGCUUCUGUGGGGUCUAUAGUUCUGUCAAGCAACAAGCUUCUCAUCUGGUGUCGAUUUCUGUGGUACUGUCCGUAGUUUCGUUAUGAAUUAUUGAUGGUCAAAUAACAAUCAUCCGCGAUCAUUUUGCCGAUUAUCGGUGGUUAAUCUGGUGUUGUGGUUCUAGUCAGUUUCUAGCUCGUAGAAAUUCAGUGGCAGCGUAAUCUCUACAAAAUCAUGUGUCUUGGUGGGCGUAUGGACUAUAGUGGUAUAUCGUGGAGAACAUUGUAAUGUUAUUUCAUUAUCAUGUUAUGUUUGUUGUUGGGUGACAAUGUGCGUACCAAAAUAAUUUUAUUUCUUUAUUA